AUGCCAGUGUACCUCGGGAACUGCCACUGCGGCGCCUUCAAGUUCACGCUGACCGCCGCCGAUGAGCUCAAGCAUGCAUUCUCUUGCGAUUGCAGCAUCUGUUCCCGGAAUGGAUAUGUCCUGGUUAAGGAUGGGGAGCUCGUGGCGACCAAGGGGGACUUCCAAACGACGCUUUCGUCUUACAGCUUCGGAAAGCAUCAGGCGGAGCACAAGUUCUGUCCAAAAUGCGGCACUUCUAUUGCAAUAUAUAUCAGCAGUAAAUCGUUGACUCUGGUGAAUCUUCGCGCCAUCGAGGGCAUCGACCUUGACUCUCUCUCCAUCAACAGUGACUUCAAAGGCUCUCAAACCGAGCCGGCUUAUCAGGCCCCGACACACCCGGUCCCCUCUAUAGAGCCUCCGUCAGAUUCAGCCGUCUACAACGGGAGCUGCCAUUGCGGCGCCGUGGCCUACACACUCGUCCAGCCAAAUAAGAUCACAACGGUCACCGAAUGCAACUGCAGCAUCUGCUCGCGCAACGGCGCCCGGUGGGCCUACAUCCUGGCCAGAAACCUCACUGUCCGUGAUGCGGAGACCGAGACGACGGAAUACGACUUCAACACGAAGCAAGGGAAGCACACAUUUUGCAAAACGUGUGGGGUCGUGGUUUACAUCCGCUUCGCUGGGCCAGAAGGCACUAUGCUGGAUCCCGCGAAGAGAGCGCUCAAUGUUCGGACAUUGAAUGGGAUCGAUCUAGAGAGUUUUGAGGUGACGAAAGCAAACGGGAAGGCGUUUCCUCCCGCAUAUGUAGUUCCCGAGUAG